CUUACCGGAUCAACACGUCCUGGAACUGUUGACAUUAAUUGGCAGAGACUUGAUUUUGAGUAAUCCGCAAUCUUAAUGAAAUGUGACAAUCAAUCUGGCAAACGACACGCUAGAGGUAGAUUUGAAGAACAGCAAGAUGUCGCUAAAUGCGGGUGGAUAUCGAGCGAGCGAUUUAAGUCGAGAAAUGACUCUAAGAAAUGCCAGCGAGAAUCGAAGAUUAGCUGGGCAUCUUCAACAUCUUGAUCUUCAGCUACAACAGAAUCUUGUCAAUAUGCAGGCCGAGAUUUUGGACUUAAAGCAAUCGCGCAAAGGAACAUUAGUCGCCAGACAUCAGCGGCCUAAAGGAUCAUUUGGGAGAACGGUCCGCAAUCCUAGACAAGGUAAAGAUCGUCAAAACCGUUCGGGAUCUCGACUGGUUUCGCCGCUCACAAUACAGGGAAAUAGUAAAGAAAUUUCACAACCAUUUUUGCCUCAAAUCAGCACGGAAAACAGAGCUUUAGUUGGCAAACAGGAUUUCGGUGUCGAAACCAGACUAAACUCAUCGAAUAGUCGCGCAGGCUCUCGGCGUGCGCGGGAGCUAUCAUCUGAUAAUUACUUGCUGUCAAGUAAUCUAUACAGGCCAAAAUCAUCACCAAAUCUAAACGAAAACCCAGAACGCAGCAAAGACACAAACAGGCCUUGUCCUGAUUCAAGUAGAGGAACUAAAUUUCGACCUCUUGAGAAAUCAUAUAAAAAGUUGGUGAGUCAAAGUUCUGAUGAAUUAUCAACGACAUCAUUGGAGCUUAAUGACCGUGUGAGCGAUUUUUUAAAGAGACCUAAUACGAGAUUGGGCGAGCAAGGAAUAAACGAAGAGAAUGGGCUAAAACAGACAGGAAGUGAUGCAAUUCCAACGAUUAAUAUCGAAGAUCAAAGUGAACCUUGCGAAUGGGAACUCGAGGCAAACUCCAAAGCGGAAAAUCAAGGCGCAUAUGAAAACGAUGAGGGAUUUUUGUCAGACGAAGAACUAUUCAGAAACUCGCUACUUUUAAGAGCUGAUCGAGAUGACGGUCUCUCCCGAUCAAUGCCAGAUUUAUCUAGUCUUGGAUUCAUGGAUUUUAACGAGGUUAUCGAUCAACGUUUGCGAAAGCUGCAAGAAGAAUUGCCAUCGAAGGAAGAAAUGCGGAAAGUACGCUAUCUGAGAUUUCGGGAUGAACCAACUCCGCCAUCUCUUUUGUCAGUUUUUAACAAAGGCAGUGUUGGAGAAUUGGAUAAAAUUGAUGAGUAGAAACUUUGAUAUUGAUCAUGUAACAGUUUGGUGCGAAACAUCCUUUACACAUCGAUUUCUUGAUGAGGACCAUGAUGAACUUAAUUGAAUUUAUGCAAAAAUAGAAGACCACAUAGUGCGUUAUAUGGUCUAAUUCAAUUUAUUGUUGCAUGUUAAGUCUCUGUUAUUGUGUUUUGAUAAGCUAGCUUACUUGCCUACUUAGAGCAACAAUAAAAUUCGACGCCUUUGUAAAGUUUGAAAGUGGCACAUGGAAAAUUUUAUCCUUCUGAAUUGAUCUCUAAAUUUGACACAUCUUUUAAAGACUUGCGAUGAUGUAGUAGAAGGAAGUCUUUCGCAUUAGUAGAAAACCCACGCAGAAAAUUAAAUUGAAUGGAAAUUACGCAAUUUUUGGGAAUGUUUUAAAUAGUCUUCUGUAAGUGUCCAAACAACUUUGUCCUUGACGAUCCUGGAAUUACGAAAGAUUCGAAAACGAGGAAUACCGAAAAUUCCGUGGCACUUCAUCCUAAACUUGCUAACCCCUAAAUCUUCUGUCGCACGUUGCUGCAGGAUAACAAUAAAGUUUUGAAAAGCUUUUAAAAUA